ACUCCACAUGAAAGUUCAUACAGGAGAAAGGCCUUUUACCUGCCAACAGUGUGGAAAAUGUUUCAAACGAAAAGGAAACCUUAAUUAUCACAUGACCGUGCACACUGGAGAAAGCCAUUUCACCUGCCAGCACUGUGGAUUAAGUUUCACUCAGAUAGGAAGCCUUAACAGGCACAUGAGAAAUCACACUGGAGAGAAACCUUACUCAUGCUCUCAGUGUGGAAAGUGUUUCGAUCAGCAUGGAAAUCUUAAAGUCCACAUUAGAAUUCACACUGGAGAGAAACCUUACUCAUGCUCUCAGUGUGGAAAAAGUUUUGAUCAACAUGGAAACUUUAAAAUCCACAUGAGAAUUCACAUAGGAGAAAACCCUCUCGCCUGCCAACAGUGUGGAGUAAGUUUCAGAAAGAAAUGGAUUCUCAUCAGACAUAUGAGAAUUCACACUGGAGAGAAGCCUUACACAUGCCUUCAGUGUGGAAAGAGUUUUAAUCAACAUGGAAAUCUUAAACUCCACAUGAGUAUUCAUACAGGAGAAAGGCCUUUUACCUGUCAACAGUGUGGAAAAAGUUUCAAACGAAAAGGAAACCUUAAGUACCACAUGAGAAUUCACACUGGAGAAAACCCUUUUACCAGCCAACAGUGUGGAGUAAGUUUCACUCAAAAAGGGAUUCUCAAUCGGGACAUGAAAAUUCACACUGGGGAGAAGCCUUACUCAUGCCCUCAGUGUGGAAAGGGUUUUCAUCAACAUGGAAACUAUAAAAUCCACAUGAAAGUUCAUACAGGAGAAAACCCUUUUACCUGUCAACAGUGUGGAAAAAGUUUCAACCGAAAAGGAAACCUUAAGUACCACAUGAGAAUUCACACUAGGGAAAAGACUUACACAUGCCAUCAGUGUGGAAAGAGUUUCGAUCAAAAUGAAAAGCUUAAAGUACACAUGAGAAUUCACACUGGAGAAAGACCUUUCCCCUGCAAACAGUGUGGAAAACGUUUCAAACGAAAAGGAAACCUUGAUUACCACAUGAGCGUACACACUGGAGUAAACUCAUCUACCACCAGUGUGGAGUAA